UUGAAUGUUGUCGUGUAACUUUCAAAACAGGAGAAUACAAUGCAGAGUUACAGGACAUUCUCUGAUGAACUUAUCAAAGAAGUUGCAGGUUCCUCUAACCUUAUGGACACACUGGAUGACCUGCCUCCAGGCAUUGGUCAAUAUGAAGAUUUCCACACCAUUGAUUGGCUGCGGGACAUUGCCAGAGACCGCAUGCGGCAUCGGCACAUCAUCAAAAAGAAAAACGAGGGAAUCUGGGAAAAGAUAAAGAGUGCUCACGAUGCCUGGUCAGGCUGGGUCUGUGUUCUAUUGGUUGGGGUUGCUGCAGGUUUAUGUGCUGGUAUUAUUGACAUUGGUGCCUCAUGGAUGUCAGAUCUGAAGGAAGGAAUCUGUGCUGAGGCUUUUUGGUUAAACAGAGAGCAGUGCUGCUGGUCUGUUAGUAAAACAGAAGUAGAUGAUUACUGCCAACAGUGGAAGACAUGGUCUGAGAUCUUUGGAGGUAGUAGGUCUGGGGCUGGGUCCUAUGUCACGACAUACCUCCUCUAUGUGGUGUGGGCCAUUGUGUUCUCUAUGCUAGCUGCCAUGUUUGUGCGGGUGUUUGCUCCGUAUGCCUGUGGAUCUGGUAUCCCAGAGAUUAAAACAAUAUUGAGUGGGUUCAUCAUUAGGGGCUACCUUGGGAAAUGGACCCUCCUGACAAAGUCUGUGGGUAUGAUGUUAGCAGUGUCAGCAGGCCUGAGCCUGGGGAAGGAGGGACCAUUUGUACAUGUAGCCUGCUGUUGUGGGAAUAUAUUCUCGUAUUUAUUUCCAAAGUAUGGUACUAAUGAAGCCAAAAAGAGAGAGAUUUUAUCAGCUGCAUCAGCUGCUGGGGUCAGUGUGGCUUUUGGGGCCCCCAUAGGGGGAGUUUUAUUUAGUUUAGAAGAGGUGAGCUAUUAUUUCCCUCUGAAGACCUUAUGGCGGUCCUUCUUCUGUGCUUUGGCUGCUGCAUUUGUUCUGAGGUCUAUAAAUCCCUUCGGGAAUGACCAUCUAGUCAUGUUCUACGUGGAAUACAAUGAACCAUGGUACAUACAGGAGUUAAUCCCCUUUGUACUCAUUGGUGUAUUAGGGGGUUUAUACGGAAGCUUCUUUAUAAAAGCAAAUAUUGCAUGGUGCAGAUACAGAAAAAACACAAAAUUAGGAAAUUAUCCAAUAGUCGAAGUUUUAGUUGUUACAUUUAUUACAGCGCUUCUUAGUUACCCAAACCAAUAUACAAGGUUGAACACCAGUGAGUUGAUCAAGAUGUUGGUGGGACGCUGUGGGCCAGAGGAUGACACAGAUCUCUGUGACUACAAGAGAAAUUAUAGUUCACACCAGCUGAAUGAGACCUCAUUAAAAACGAUGACCUCUAGUACGGAGAUUGGUGAUGGUGUAGAGAAGGCCCUGUGGAUGUUAGCCCUGGCCCUCAUUUUUAAGGGAAUUAUCACUAUCUUUACUUUUGGAAUUAAGAUUCCAUCUGGACUCUUCAUACCUAGCAUGGCUGUAGGUGCAAUCUUAGGAAGAAUGAUUGGAAUAGGUUUUGAACAAAUUGUGGUUGCAAACCAUGACAAUCCGUUCUUUGAGAACAUGUGUGAGUCCAAACAGUUUUGUAGGAUUACCCCCGGUCUGUAUGCCAUGGUGGGGGCAGCAGCUGCCCUGGGGGGAGUCACUCGCAUGACAGUGUCCUUGGUGGUGAUCAUGUUUGAGUUGACAGGAGGACUGCAGUACAUCGUCCCUCUCAUGGUUGCCACCAUGACUAGCAAGUGGGUAGGAGAUGCCCUAGGAAAAGAAGGAAUAUAUGAUGCUCACAUACAACUCAAUGGUUACCCCUUCCUUGACAGCAAAGAGGAGUUUACACACACUACUCUUGCUUCUGAUGUCAUGAGACCAAGAUCUGCGCGCUAUGGAUCGGUAGUGAGAAAUGAUCCGCCACUGAGUGUGAUAACACAGGACUCAAUGACUGUGGAAGAAGUGGAGCAUGUUCUUAAGACGGCAUCACACAAUGGGUUCCCGGUGGUUGUAUCUCAUGAAUCUCAGUAUCUCGUGGGCUUUGUUCUCAGGAGGGACCUUAGUCUUGCAAUUUCCAAUGCUCUGAAGCUGCAGGAUGGAGUUGUUUACAAUUCAGUUGUUUACUUCACCAAUCAAGUUCCUGAUAAUCCUAAUGACCCCGCUCCUUUAAAACUGAGGAAAAUCAUAGAUAUGGCCCCAGUAACAAUAACAGAUCAAACUCCUAUGGAGAUGGUUGUAGAAAUGUUCAGAAAACUUGGACUCAGACAAACUCUGGUCACACACAAAGGGAGAUUACUUGGAAUUAUUACAAAAAAAGAUGUUCUACGCCAUAUUGCUCAUUUAGAAAAUCAGGACCCAGAGUCUAUUCUCUUUAAUUAGUUCAUUCCUUGUUAUUGUCUCAUAGCAGAUAAAUUAUCUGUAUUCCACUGAUUAACAAGUGUGUCAUGGUUCAAUGUGUGUGAUGAAUAAGUCUCAAACAUUGAUUUAGUGUAAGUUGAGAGGUGCCUAUGAGU